CACUAGUAUUUUGUGUGGUGCAGUGGGCUGUUUCACUUCAGUCUGACUGAGUCUCUUGCUACAGUCUGUUCUGCUCCGGAGUCAAUGUAGCUUGUUGCUUUCUCCAGCCACCCACAACAUUUAAUAUCUUCUUGGAUUUUUUAUAGUGGUAAUCUGACGAGGACUGAUCUAUUGGUCAUCAACACCCAGCAAACCCAUGAAGGUGCUGAGUGGUCACGACGUGUCUAAAUCGUUGACUCAAACCAGCAUGGACCAAUUCAUCAUCCCAGCCACAGAUGUUCCCUUAAAUACAGGCAUUUCCCUUAGUCAGCAGACCAAUGCAAAUCUGACCAGGAUCUCCCCCACUGGAAACAUAAACAUCAAUCAAAGGCGUUGGAGGAGCAUGUUUCGACGAGUACAGAAAAGGAACAUGGAAUCCCAUGAUGCAAGUGUUCAUCCCGAAAACAAACUGUUUGGGCGAGCCUUGUCGGAAAUCUGUCAAAAAGAUGGGUGUCCUCCCAAACCAAUUAUGGAUAUCCUUACGUUGCUACAAAAAAAAGGUCCAGACACCGAGGGGGUGUUCAGAAAGGCCGGGAACGCCAGACUGCUGAGAGAGUUCAAGAAGAAGCUCAACGAUGGGAUAGAAGUGGAUCUGACGGAGCAGUCUGUGUUUUUGCUUGCUGAUCUUAUCAAGGAUUUUCUUAGACAACUGCCUGGCAGUUUACUAAUGGUGGACAAGGCGAAAUCCUGGAUGACUGCAAUGGAAAAGGAAGAUGAAGUUCAGAGGUGUGCUGAAAUCAAAAUGGUGAUCAACACGCUUCCUGAGCCAAAUAUUCAGCUCUUGAAGCACUUGAUUGUUCUGCUUUACCACAUAAGUAAGAAGGCUGAAUCAAACAAGAUGGUUCCCCUCAAUCUAGCUACAUGCGUUUCCCCCAACUUGCUCCAAACGGACAACGACGUGAAAAAGAUGGAAGAGGUGACAAAUCUGACAGAGUUCCUCAUUAAAAACUGCGACCAAAUAUUUGGUGAGGAUGUGCUGAUGCUCUUUGGAGACUCUGAUGAAGAGGAACUCAGCGAUAACCAAGAUUCGUUUUCUUCACACCAUCACGACUCGGCAUAUGACAGUAAUGACCCUGAUGCAGGCUACAAGGGAAGUUUCUCUGACAUGGACUCUAUCAAAUCCGGCGUUGAAGAGAAUGCCCAGAAACUUUCCAGCACGGAGGAACCUUGGACUACAAAAUUGUUGACUCGCAGACGCUCUGAACCAGCAAUCGUCUUGAGCAAGGAAGUCCGGCACAUGGUCCUAUCUAGAAGCCAGACAGAAAUGGACUUUCAUGACAAACAAUUAACAAAACAGAUCUCCGAUGACUGUAUUGUGUUUAGAGCAGGUAACAGCUUGGGGAAAAGCGGUUGUUUGGCACCUAAAACCAAAGAAUCCUCGUAUUGUUCUUCAAGUUCACUUGAGAGUUGUUUCUCCAGCGCUUCAGAGAGCUCAAUCCAUAAUAGCUCUCCUAUCAUGCCUUCAUGCAAUCAGAGAAAGACCCUUCUACGCAAACAUUCGCAUCCCACCCGCCAGUCGGCACCUGCCCCGAAUCGCUCAGAGACCCCAAAAAGACGCUCGCAAUCAAUGAAGAGCGCUCACAUAAGAAGCAGGACCGUCUUCGGGCGAAGUGGGUCCACCAAACGGGCCAUCGAGAGAGCUCUACGCCAUAGCCAGACCCUACCUGAGGUGCUGAAGCCUCAACCGGAGCCGAGACGUUUGUCUAGCGAGGAGGUUUUCCAUCAGGUGGACAGCAGGAUACCAAGCGAUCCGCCGAGUUAUCAGCAAGCGCUUGAGCACAAUUCCCAUGUAACUCUCUCGAGCUGCAAAUCGCUGACCGUUCAGGACGCCAGAUGUCUGUCGAAGAAAACAUGCAGCUGCUCCAGAUCCUCAAGCGAAGAAACAUUGGAUUCACCUUCUGGGAAUGAACAAUUUGAUAUCCACAAUAGAGACAAUGAAGAGACAUGUUGUGAUUGUAUGAGUGGAUCUGAAUAUGUGUAUGAAACAUCACUGCCAGAGUGGUGCAAUCCAGAACACCUCAGAGAGACAUACGUCUGAUGAACUGUUUUUGAUAUAUUUUGUAUAUUGUUGCUACUUUUUGGUGGUGUCAUAAUAUCUUUUGCUUUUGACCUCAUAAUGAGGCACAAUUCAGAAGUACAAUAAAGUACAAAUCAGGCAUAUUUGCCUAUUCUUCAUUUUAGUCUGGUCUUUUGUGACGAUGUUUUUAUACCCACUGUAUUUUGAUUUUCCAGCUCCCCAAAAUUGUGG